AUGACUGAGAAGAGCCAUGUUCCAGUAGAUAGCUCUAAAAAGCGCACUGUAACGUUACAGGAAUUGUUGGACAGGGCAAUGAAUAGAAGUAGUGUUAAUGCGGUUGAUAAGUUAAUGGACACCUUUAUGGACGUUGAUAAAGAUGACGAUGGCUACAUCAAUCGGGAUGAACUUGCUUCCGUGUUGAAAACUGUACUAGAACUGGACGACCAAGAAACAUUGUCUGAUCAAGACCUGGAUGAAACUAUGCAAUCACUUGAUACAGACAAAGAUGGCCUCAUUAACUAUACAGAGUUGUGUGACUUGCUGACUAUCCUAGCAUAA